AGUGUUCCCUCGUGACUUUCUUUCACGUGCAUCUACAUGCCAAUCUUUUUAUAACUACUUACUAACUUCAUGGAAGAUAAGAAUGUACAAAGCGAAUGAAAUGGAUCAGAAGGCUUUUCGCCUUAUUUUGACAAUUGCAUACAUCUCUGCAGUGUGGUCUCAGAAUUGUCCUAACCACUGGACAAAUCACCAGUCUUCCUGCUAUCUAUUCAUGCAAGAUGUUCCUGUGGACUUCAUAGAGGCAGGGUCAUUUUGUCAAAGACGAGCCUCCAAGUUGGUGGAAGUAGAAACAGCUUAUGAAAACAAUUUUCUCCGCUCACAUAUUGUCGGAACGAGACCACAAGAGGGUUACUGGAUAGGACUGUCAGACAUCGUCUCUGAAGGAGAAUGGGUAUGGACAUCCACUCAGACCAAGGCGUCAUUCGUCGACUGGACACCAAACCAGCCGGACAAUUCCCAAGGUCACCAGGACUGUGCCAUGUUCUUCGCACCUGAUGGUUUCCAUUGGAAUGACCACUUCUGUACAGUCAAGGCAGGAUAUAUCUGCGAAAUGGAUUUACCAGGGUCUCUCAUUGGAUAAUAAGUUAGAAAACUGAAAAUAUUGAUGGCGAGAUUUAUACGGCGUAAAAUUUUAGUUUUGUCAUUAAAACGUGUGAUCCUA